CUUCCAACAGGGUUGUUAGCUAACGGGGGUUUUUGUUUAAAAAAAACUCAUCUGCUGGACAACUAUAUUCUACCCCAUGGCAGCCUUAUCGUUCAGUGCUUUUAUUAGUAUGUUGCUCGUGAAACUUUGUGCAAAUUACUAUCCGAACGCUACGUUGGACGGCUCUUUUGACUGCGAUCUCAAAAACUUCUCGAAAAAUAAUGAUUUAAUACUGAAAGGGAGAACACUCAAAAUCCUCACAUUCGACGAUAUGCCUCUAAGUGGCGUCAAGAAAGGGACAGGAAAAAGAAGACUGGACGGAAUCGGGAUCGCCUUCGAACUUGUUAAAACACUCCAACAGAAGUACGGCUUUGAGUACGAAGUUACUAACGUACUUCCCGUAGUCGGAGACAAAGAUACAGGCGCCCUGUCGAAAUUAGUGAACAUGGAGGCAGAUAUGGUUGCUGCCUUUCUUCCAGUAUUGCCACAAUCUCAUCAGUACAUCACCUGGGGAGUUGAAUUGUACCAAGCAUCGUAUUACGUCCUGAUGAAAAGACCGGCAGAUUCGAAUACCGGGAGUGGGUUGCUAGCUCCUUUCGACAGCGCUGUUUGGGUGUUGAUUUUAAUAUCGCUUCUGGCUGUCGGACCCAUCAUGUACUUGGUAAUGUGGCUACGGAUGAAACUGUGCCGUGACGAAUAUGCUCAAGUGUUUCCUUUGCCAUCUUGCGUUUGGUUCGUUUAUGGGGCACUGAUGAAACAAGGUUCCACCUUAAAUCCCAGAACUGAUUCGGCACGAAUGUUAUUUGCCACUUGGUGGAUAUUCAUUCUGAUACUGACAGCGUUUUACACAGCGAAUUUGACAGCGUUUUUAACUCUUUCGUUAUCUACGUUGCCAAUAAAGGAGGUGAAAGACGUGGCCAAAGAUAAUAACAAAUGGUUUGCAACACAAGGCGGAGCCAUAGCGGAUGCAGUGAAGGGUAUAGACGUAGAGUUAAACGCGUUGAAGAAAACGCUCGGCACGAGCAGAUCGCAGUUUAUAGAGACGAAAAGUGAAGCCACAAUAAGCCAAAAAAUUAUGACCGGCUGGUUAUAUCUUGACGAUUGGUAUACCGUUACAAGAUUGAUGUACAACGAUUACAAAAAAAAGUCUACCAGGGUGAAAGACGAAAGGAAACGCUGCUCAUACGUUAUUACCGACAAAAGUUUUCUCAUACGAUCUCUCGCCUUCGCUUACCAGAACAACAGCGUUCUGCCGAAUCUCUUCAAUCCGAUACUUCAGCGUUUUGUAGAAUCGGGAAUUCUGAAGCAUUCUUUAGGGCUUGAACUCCCCGACGCUGUCGUUUGCCCUUUAAACCUAGGAAACAAAGAGAGGAGGCUCAGAAAUUCCGACCUUUACACGACUUACGUCGUCGUCUUGUCCGGUUUCACCUGUGCUCUCGCCGUUUUCGGCGGUGAAAUAAUCUGGCGUUGGUACGUCGGCGACAAGAGAAAUUAUCCUUGGAACAAGAAAGACCUCGCACCAAAAAGAGCUCUAAAAAUAUACCCAACUUUUCAACAGACCAAACUGGCCAAUUAUCAAACGGCGAUGAAAAUCAACGGGAGGGAUUAUUUCAUGAUUAAUUCAAAAGACGGCCACAAAAGAUUCAUACCUCUCAGAACACCGUCAGCACUACUAUUUCACUAAAAUCCGCUUUCUUUUAUGGUAUUUGUAGUUGCAAACGUGUAUUUGAUUGUAUGCAGACAUUUUACUUGAAGUGAACAGACUCAAAUGUUUUCAUGAUUGGAAAAUUUGUCAGGGUGGCGGCCAGACAAUGAACAACUCAGCAGUUCAUGACUUUUUUUUUUAUUAUUGGCGACGUUUCGUACUUAUUCUAGAAUGUUUGGUUUUUCUAAUGUUUUGCCGGAUGAAGGGCGAGAAUAAGUAUGCAACAUCGCCAAUAAUAAAAACGUCAAGAACUGCUGAGUUGUUCAUAGUCUGGCCGCCACCCUGACAAAAUCUCCAAUCAUGUAUGUAUUCGUCAUCUGGCCGACAAGAAACACCAACUCAAAUGUUUUCAUUAGGUACUUCAAGAAUAUUGAAAAAGUUGUUUUAGAAACCGUUCAUAAAAUACGGAUGUAAAUAGUAAUUAAUUCAUGUC